AGAGAAAUAUCAAUCUCAAACAUUUUACUACGCAAACUCAACAAAGAGAAAAAACCACCAGAGUCAAGAGUACGUUGAGCAGAACUGAACAUCAACAUCAUCAGCGUUCACAUCUUCUAUGCUCUUGCUCUCGCAAUAACCUUGCACAACCCCAAAACUAUACUCCCCAUAAAGGGAUAGAUAUCGUUGAACAAGACCAACAACAAAAUAAAAACGGCACACAAAAAAAAAAACAAAAACAAAAUUCCGGUCCACACCAUCAAGGCGACCGAGCACCGAGCAACGCCGCUGUCAUUCGUCGUGCCGUAAUAGCAAGCAAAAUUCACACCAACUCUAUGUCGAUUGGGUAGAAAAUCAGUUCUUUUGAUAACGCGAUACGGGUUGGUUUACAAUCGGCAAACACGCGCUUACCGCCAUCUAUCGGCUUAACUGAAAUUUUUGUAAUACGAUUUUUGUGUAUAGAAUCUCGAAUCUCGAAAGUUUUCCAGUUGUAUUUCUGUUUUUGUUGAUGUUUAAAUCUGCGUUGGUAAAAAGAAUUAUUUUCUGUGGUUUUGUGGUUUUUCCUCUAAAAUUGUAAUAAAUACGAAAGUCGUCCUUAAAACAAAACAUAAAAGGGUUAAUUUUUGACAAAAAAUAAAUUAGGUCAAAUUUGCUGUGUGUGUGUAUUUGUUUAAUUGUUCGUUCGAGGACGAAAAAUAAAAACCAACAUAAUGCCUCUGUUUUGUUGCUGUUUUUGUUGUUGUGGAUCUUGAGUUUGAUGAUGAUAAUGAUAAGUAUUAUUGUAGUUAUCAGUGAAACCGUCGUUCAUUUUAUCCAUUAAUUGACGACCGGUCUAGUCCUCUUCUUCCCCUCAUCAGCAGCGGGGGGAUCUUUAGCCCUUUUGGCGUGGUGUAGAAGGACAUCGAAGGACACUUUUGAAUUCAUCGAGUGUGAUUUUUCGAAAUAAAAUCAAAAAUCAGAAAACACGAGAAAAAAAGCCGGGUCGAAGGAAUUGCGAGUAAUUCUUCGAUUUUACGCGACGAAGAGGCAUCCAAUUAAAGCCUGAAAUUCUCACCACCACCAUCAUCAGGACAACGAACGUCCAAAUAGUGUGAUGUUUAAUUUUAAUUGGUGACGAGACAGAGGGCAAGAAACCCGCGUAAAACAUUUUAAAAGUCUACCUUCAUACAUGGGAAUACCUACGUAUGUAAGUGUUUCAGAGCAUCCAGAGCACGAGCGCAGACCCCGACCCUAACCACGACCCCGAACGAACGAACGAGCACAGAAUCGUAGGCGAAUCCGUGAAUUUCUGCCUUGUUAAAUAAAUUAAUUAAAAAUGUAUUUAAAUUCAUUUAAUUUGGAUUUUGUUACAUAUCAACGCCAACAACGCCAUCAUCAUCGACGAUGCGGCCAACAGUGUUCGACAAGAUAAAUGUUGUGCCAAUGUCCCGUGUUUUGUGUUUUAUUCACUUUUGUUUUUAAUUUUGUGUCGAAUUCGUGCUUUUUUUCGCUGAGAUAAAUGUUCGUAUAUUUUUCACCGUGAAAAGCAUUUGGUGAGGAUUUAAUUGUGAAAUACACUUUGUUCGUUUUCCGUGAGUCACGUCGAUCGUUGCGUCGUAUGAAGUUGAUUCGGUUUGAAUAUUUUUCACACGGUAAGUUAUACUUUGAAGUGGGUUGGGUAUCCCUAUCUACCUACCUACGCAUUAUAAAUUUACUCGUCCCUGUGUACGUAUAGAUGCAUGCGAACUAUAGUCGUGUAUGUCGAUAUGGCUCCACGUUGUCUGUAAGGACACACAUCAUCAACAUCAGCAAGUAGAAGGAGUUUGAGCUUGAGAGUCCUGGUGCGAAAUAAAACAAGAAGAGGAGGAAGAAAAAAAGUCCUGAGUACUUUUUAAUGAGAGAGGGUAUAAACAUUGCUAACAACACUCACGCUGUUGUUGCGUCGACUUUAUAAGGAGCACCUUAUACUAACGAAAUUUCAGACAAAUUGAAUCCAGGAAAACAACCCAACCUACGAGCGUCGAGUAUAUGCAAGACACCUCUCUACUGCACAGUAUAAAUAUAGUACACAUCCCAUAUACCAAAGGCGAACCACCAACAUAACACCAUUUAUCUCUGCAGCGGAUGCAACCGCACGUUUGUUUCCUGACUGAAUGCACCGACAACGACGACGACAUUUUCCCAUCAAUCCUUAGUGUUGUUGUUGUAGCUGUGUUACUGGUUUUACCAUUUUAGCCAUUUAUUGCAGCUCUAGAGAGUGACUCACUCACCCUCACCCUCUCUCACUUUCUCUACAACCAACAAACAGGAAGAGCAAAAGAUUUAUCCAUGUGCAAAAUUCAAUCAAUUAUGAUUUGAUUCCAGAGGAGGACGACGCACACACUUUACAAACUCACAAGGACAACAACGAUAUACAACGAUUCAACGAGGCACGAGUAACCUACAAAACCCACUUUGUAACGCAUCAACAGACGAUGACGUGGUGUAAGGAACAAUAACUGUGCAUGCAACAUAAGUGAACGAGAGCUAUCCCAGGCGGCCAUCACCAUCAAGCCAUCAACCAGAAUUUAGGAAAGGACCAGAAUCCAGAAUUCAGAAUUCAGAAAACUGUGUGCAAAAUUGUUGACCGCAAUAAUUUGAUUGCGUGAAUAAAUAUCAAAAGAUCUUUCUCUCUUCUAGAACAAUAACAGAAAAUCAAACGAAAAAAAAUUGAAUACCCAUCGACACCGUCACAUCGUCGUCGUCGUCGGUUACAAAACGGAAUUUCGUCGUGUUUUGUGUUAGUUUUUUUUUUGAGGCGGAAAGGGUAAAGAAAAUUCUUAAAGUGAGCAGUUUUCAAGAGAUUUUGGUUUUUCGUACGUUCAUAGGACACCUGCUGUUUCUAAAGGCAAAGUGCAUGUUUGUGGAUUGAGAGAAAAUACAAAAAAAAAACAUAGUGUUACCAGUUGGGCGCCAUUUAAAACAAAAAAAAAUCGUUUUGUUUUUUCCUUCUGGCCAAGUGUUGUUCAUCGUGUGUCGUAGUCGUUGUCACCGAAUGUGGUGGCAAGGAUAAGAGACAGAGAUAUUUCUCACUCACACGUCGCGUUCGUUGGCGCGGUUAACGUUUUUCUAUCUGCCAGGUUUUUGAUAUCACGCCGCGCUUAGGGCAAAUGAUAUAAAAUAUAAAUCCCUCAAGGAUAUUUCCUAGACCAGAGGUUGUUAUUUUCGUUCGCUUUCGUUUUUUUUUUUUUUGUUUGGCGUAAACUGUGAGAAAAGUUGCAAAAAUACCAUUUUUAUCCAACUAAACCAGCUACCACUAUAUUGGAGGAAAGAUAACACUAAAGGUGGCCCACCAGUCUAAGGAUACACCUAUACACUGAAACCUGCACAAAUUCACAGGAUAUAAAAUGUUGCACACUCGGGUCGUCUAUUUACGAUCAGCAGCAAUUCUUUGCCUGCUGAUAGUCAUUGCAAUCCCAGAACUCACAGUGGCGCUAAAAGACGUCUACGUGACCGUACCAACUGCCGUUAAACGUGGCGAUAGCGCAAUGCUGGCAUGCAAUUACGACAUCGAAAAUGAUACUCUAUACACGGUAAAAUGGUACAAAGGCCGGCGGGAGUUCUAUCGCUAUACACCCAAGGAGAAUCCGGCGAUGAAAAUCUUCAAAUUACCCGGAAUUAAUGUUGAGUCAACUCUAUCAAACCAAAGUCAUGUCACGCUAGUUUCAGUGCCAUUAUCAAUAACGGGCAAGUUCAGCUGUGAAGUAUCUGCCGAUGCGCCAUCUUUUCACACUCUCAUCCACACAGCAGAAAUGGAAAUUGUUGAACUGCCAACCCAACGUCCAAUCAUAACUGGCAUCCAUUCAAGAUAUCGCUUAGGUGACGUCAUCAAUGGGAAUUGCUCAUCGGACUACUCAAAGCCAGCAGCCAAUCUAACCUGGUGGAUCAAUGAGAUUGCGGUCCUUCCAAAUUACAUUCGAACAUAUGAAGUUCAAAAGCACACUGAAGAAAAUCUUGAAUCUUCUGUGUUGGAAAUUAAUUUCAUUGUGACGUAUCAACACUUUAUGAAAGGCCGACUCAAAUUAAAAUGCACAGCUCGAAUUCAUGAAAUUUACGAACAAGAAACAGAAAAAGUCAUCGAAGAAGAUCGACCUAGAAUAUUAGCUUCAGGUCGAUCACCAGAUGUGAAUUUAUAUCCCUUCGAUCAACCAGGUGAUGGCGAAUUUGACGAACAGAAUGAGCAGUAUUUGACACAUCAUUACAAUAAAAAUGCGUCAUCAACAGCAACAGCAUGGCGAUUGGAUUCAAAGCAAGCUGUCAAAAUGGCGAUUGUACUGCUAUUUGUCGGAUUGUUUGUGCGACAUACACUGACAAACAACAAUAUAGAUGACACCAAUGACGACAAUCGGAACUAUACAAGGAUCAAAAUAAGGAAUAGACUGGAAUUGAAAAGGAAUCAUGAACAAUGGCAACUCCAACAGGAUUUUCCCACGACAGAAAGUUUAUCUAAAAAUCGGUGAUAAGUUAGUUAUUUUAUUUUUUUUAUAAAACAAUAAAACAAGUUGUAAUAAUUCAAAGAAAUACGAAACAGAACUCAAAACAAAAUAUAGCAAAAAACCAAAAUAAACAAACAAUUUAUAUUAAAAACAAAACAAAGUAAACAAAAAAAUCUGUAAGACAAUUUCAUCAUGUUAAAAAUGUUAAUUAUAACGUUUAAAUAAUUUUUAUCAAAUUGUAAACAUUAACAUAAACGGAAACCAAAAAUAAACAUAAGCUUAAUACGAACAAAUGAUGAUGUGUUUUAAUUUUCAAUUCAAAAAUAAAUAAAAAAAAUAAGUAAAUAAAUGUAUUUAUAUAUUCUUUGGUAAACAAAAAAAAAAAAACAAUAAUAUUAAAUUUAGGAGUAAGUCAAAAAAAUCGAGAAAUAAAGAAUUGAAAACUACUAAAAUGGUUGAAAAAAAGAAAAUAAUAGUAGAUUAAAAUUGCAAAAUAAUUUUUAAGAAUGUAUAUUAAUUAUUGAUUAUUAUUACUAUAAUAAAAAUAAUAUUGUUGUGUUUUUUUGUAUAUAUAAAUUAACAAUAAGAAUUGAAAUAGGCAUUAAAAAUAUAAAAUAAAAAUAAAUUGAAAAAUUAAAUUAAAACAUUUAGGCAAAAAGUAAAAUCUGUAAUUAAAAAACCAAAACAUUAGUCAUUGAAAUACAAAUAAAUAGGAAAGAAAA